AAAGUGUAAAUUAUAACAGUUUGCAAACAUAUUUUAGUUUGACUGAAUAACCCAACAGUAAUAUCAAAAUUACACUGAUACUGUCAGAACAAACCCUUUAAUGUUAACCCAUUAUUGAAUAGUUGCUAUAUUAACCCAAAUUAACCAAAAAAUCCAGUGCUUUAUAGUGUGUAGUUACUUUAUAUUUCCACUUUUUAUUGCUAGAGAAAAUGUAUUGUAAAUGUGUUUAGUUAUCAAACAUGUCAUCUUUUUCAUGCGUUCUCUUCACCACAGACGUGAGGACGCCACCGUGGAGAUGAAGAGUAUCCUGAAAACCAACAAAACGGCGAAAUCGCUGCUGAAGUCGGAGGAUGGCAGCACCACCCAGAGCAGCUCCAUCGGGGCCGUACGCUGGAACCUGCCCGACGAGGACGUCCAGGCCCACAGCUCAGCCCCCACCAUACCCACCAACAACGUCACCAAACACUCACAGCAACACCCUCGUCAGAAUGGCCUCAAAGAUCUGCGCAGCCUGCAGGAGUGUGUGCAGUUCAUCCAUCACUGGAAGGAGCAAGUCGACCAAGUUUGCAAGGGUGAAAGUGAUCCAGAUGAAGGUACCAGUAAGAAAGAAGCCCAGAGUUCAGACCGGCGUACCGAGCGCAGUCUGGAGGAGAGCAGGAAACUGAUCCAGGAAUGGGCCAGCGAACUCCACCAUGUCGACAAGCUCCUGUGGGAAACCCCAUGGAAAUCAGAGUGUCAGGAACAAGAAGAUAAGAAAGAUUUGGAUGCCAACGAGGAAACACAGAUGAGGAUAAUGGAGUGGGCGAAGGAGCUGCAGUCGGCCUCUGAGAGCUGUGGCGUGCAGAGCGAGGAACUGGGCAAAGUGUUGCGUCUGCUGGGCCUGAAGAAGAAACGCCUUUUCAAUCUGCUGCCUCUGCUGGAGCUCAUCACCUGGUGUCUGCUCAAGGAAGACAGCACGGCGAUGAUUCCACAGUUAUGGUUACUGGCAAAGCAACGCACCUGGAAAGCAGGACUUCCAAGAUACAUCCCCAACUCAGUUUGGAGUUGGAUUUGCAAAGCAGCAGCCGAUGUGAUUCUUGACCCCAUGACCAACCACGCCUGGCUGCAGCUGUCAGAUGACCAGCGUCAAGUCCAGGAGGGCCGGUCAGAGUCCGACCUGCCUUACAGCUCGCAGCGCUUUGACAGCUGGCACGGCGUGCUGGGCUGGGAGGGCUACAGUAGCGGCCGCCACUACUGGGAGGUAGACAUAGCCAACCAUGGCUACUGGCGCGUGGGAGUGACCACCACCGACUCCAAGCGGCAUGGCCGGUUCCCCAUGACCCCAAAGAUGGGUUACUGGGUCCUGUGGCGCAGCACACAGAACUUCUACGCCUGUACCAAGCCGGAGACGCCACUGCCUGUCAGCCUCAUACCAAGAAGGAUGGGGAUCUACUUAGACUACGAAGAAGGCCAGAUCUCCUUCUACAACGCAGAAACAAAGUCUCACAUCUACACCUUCAGUGGAAACUUCAGAGGGAAGCUGUACCCUCUGUUCGCCCCGCUGGAUGGACGCACGCUCAUGAGUAUCAUCCCGCCACACAAAAUCUCAGUAAACUGAGAGAG